AUGCACUUCUCCGUCCUCACCGUCGUGGCCCUCCAGGCCCUCGGCGCCAUCGCCGCCCCCGUCGCCGCCGACUACGCCGACCUCGCCAAGGACUCCAUCGUGAUCAAGUCGGCCGGCACCUACAAGCGCGGCGAAGCGUACGCCGACUUGGCCAAGGAUUCGAUCGUCAUCAAGUCGGCCGGCACAUACAAGAGGGGCGAGGAGAAGCGCGAGGCGGACUACGAGCAGCUGGCGAAGGACAGCAUCGUCAUCAAGUCCGCUGGUACAUACAAGCGUGGCGAAGAGUACGCAGACUUGGCGAAGGACUCUAUUGUUAUCAAGUCUGCUGGAACUUACAAGCGCGGCGAGGAGUACGCCGACCUUGCCAAGGACUCGAUUGUGAUCAAGUCGGCUGGUACCUACAAGCGUGACGAGGAGAAGAGGGACGAGGAGUACGCCGAGAUUGCCAAGGCCAACAUCAUCAUAAAGUCUGCGGGUACCUACUAA